AUGGCUGAUACAAACAACACAAGCUAUACUCCACCUUCGGAAACCACAACCCAGCAUGGAGAAACCAGACCAGUAACCAUCACAGCGAACGAAGCMGCCAACAACAACGACACAGCACCAAAUCGCGGAGCCUCAAUCCCCGACUCAGAAGCAAUAGGCCCCGAAUCCCUCCCCCUCUCAACCUGGCAAGAAACCAACAACAUCAACACCAAAAACCAAAUCAAACUAGUAAAACUCGUCCACAUGCGCUACCAACACCCCGAUUUCCCCUCAAUAAUAAAAUUCCUCAAAGACUUCGGCCUACAAAUCGCAAAACAAACCCCCAAAGAAAUCUGGUGGCGAGGCUACGGCACAGAAGAUCCAUACGUCUACUACGCCCUCAAAGGCCCCUCGAAGAAAUUCCUCGGAGGAACAUUCCUCGUAGAAAACAUGUCCGAAUUAGAAAAAGCCGCCGCCCUCCCUUCCGCCACUUCGCCCAUAACAGAAAUGAAAGAUGCGCCAGGUGGAGGAUAUAUCCUCACCUUACAAGAUCCUGAAGGCUUUCCCAUAAAUUUGGUCUAUGGACAAACUCCCGCCGCCCAACCACCAGGAAAUUUUUCUUCCCUCCCCCCAAAAAUCAUCUAUAAUGAUGAAUCGCAUAAACCUCGCGUGAGGAAAUUCAAUCGCUACACUCCAGGUCCCGCGGCGGUUCAUAAACUCGGGCAUUAUGGAUUAUGUGUAAAAAACUUCCCGGAGCAACUGGAUUGGUAUACCAGGACUUUUAAUCUCGCUCCGACGGAUUUCUUGUACGUCCCCACAGAACAAGGGAAGAAGAAAGAUGUAGCGGUUUUUGCUCAUAUUGAUCGAGGGGAGGAUCCCGUUGAUCAUCAUACUUUUUUCAUGUCGACGAAUAAGACGUCCCAUGUGCAUCAUUCGAGCUUUGAGGUGCAUGACUUUGAUACGCAGCAGUUGGGUCAUCAGUGGCUUGCAAAGCAAAAUUACACGUCUGUGUGGGGUGUUGGGAGGCAUAUUCUGGGUUCACAGAUCUUCGAUUACUGGUGGGAUACGACGGGCAAUAUGGUAGAGCACUACUGCGAUGGCGAUCUGGUGAACAAACAUACUCCGGUUGCAUGGGGAAAGGCUGGUGACGAGGGACUUGCCGUUUGGGGACCCGAGGUGCCUAGUUGGUUUCUUGAUUGA